GUCAUCUCUGGCAGCAGGUCCAAACGCCAGAUACCCUAGACAUGGGGGUCACGGGAAAACCCCAGGGAGUAGAGAGAGGGACACUCGGUCCUCUCAUCCUUGAUCCGCCCCAAACCAGGUGAGACCACCGCCCUCUCCCACCGGGAUCCCUGGGUCCUGCAGAGAGUGGCCGCUGUCCCUGCAGGAAGGGAGGCGGCCGGUUCUGGCGGAGGGGAGGGCGCCCGCUCGGGCCGCCGCGCUGCGCUGCGGCGCGCACCGGCUCCGCGCUGCUAUUCCGGCUGGCGGCGGCCGCUGCAGGAAGGACCGCUUCCUGCGCUCCCCGCCCCUUCCCUCGCCAGUGCUGACGCUGACGUCGGCGCAGGGAGCUGGAGGGACGCUAGGAUCUCCGCCGGGAGGCUCCUGGGGGCCGGAGAUCCAAGGUUUAAUAUAACAUAUCCUAUCAUGAUUUUUCUCUGCCCCUUCUCAAAUCAUCGGCAGUAGAACAGAGAAGAAGACAUGUCAGGACACAAAUGUUAUUCCUGGGAGUUGCAGGACCGGUUUGCUCAAGAUAAGUCAGUUGUCAAUAAGAUGCAGCAGAAAUAUUGGGAGACCAAGCAGGCCUUUAUCAAAGCCACGGGGAAGAAAGAAGAUGAGCAUGUGGUAGCCUCUGACGCAGACCUGGAUGCCAAGCUAGAGCUAUUUCACUCAAUCCAGAGAACCUGUCUGGACUUGUCCAAAGCCAUCGUGCUCUAUCAAAAGAGAAUAUGUUUCUUGUCUCAAGAAGAAAAUGAACUGGGAAAGUUUCUCCGAUCCCAAGGCUUCCAAGACAAAACCCGAGCAGGAAAAAUGAUGCAAGCCACGGGAAAGGCCCUCUGCUUUUCCUCCCAGCAAAGGUUGGCCUUGAGAAACCCUUUGUGCCGAUUUCACCAAGAAGUAGAAACUUUUAGACAUCGGGCCAUCUCUGAUACCUGGCUGACAGUGAACCGCAUGGAGCAGUACAGGACAGAAUAUAGAGGGGCGUUGUUAUGGAUGAAGGACGUGUCUCAGGAACUUGAUCCAGACCUCUACAAGCAAAUGGAGAAGUUCAGGAAGGUGCAGACACAAGUCCGCCUUGCGAAAAAAAACUUUGACAAGUUGAAGAUGGAUGUGUGUCAAAAGGUGGAUCUUCUUGGAGCAAGCAGAUGUAACCUCUUAUCUCACAUGCUAGCAACAUACCAGACCACUCUGCUCCACUUUUGGGAGAAAACUUCUCACACCAUGGCAGCCAUUCAUGAGAGCUUCAAAGGUUAUCAACCAUAUGAAUUCACAACGUUAAAGAGCUUACAAGACCCCAUGAAAAAACUAGUUGAGAAAGAAGGGAAGAAGAACUCCCGGAGGGAAAACCGGGAGGCUGUGGCACCGGAGCCGAGGCAGUUAAUUUCUUUGGAGGAUGAGCACAAAGAUUCAUCUACUUAUAAGACUGAAGAGGGAACAAGCAUUCUGUCUUCCGUAGACAAAGGUUCUGUACAUGACACAUGCUCAGGGCCCAUAGAUGAACUAUUAGACGGGAAACCUGAGGAAGUGUGCCUGGGUCCCACGGCAGGGACCCCAGAACCUGAAAGUGGGGACAAGGAUGACCUCUUGCUAUUGAAUGAGAUCUUCAGCACUUCCUGCCUGGAUGAGGGGGAGUUCAGCAGAGAGUGGGCUGCAGUGUUUGGAGAUGACCGGCUGAAAGAGCCAGCGCCCAUGGGGGCCCAGGGAGAGCCAGACCCCAAGCCCCAGAUAGGCUCCGGAUUCCUUCCAUCACAGCUUUUAGACCAAAAUAUGAAAGAUCUCCAGGCCUCUCUGCAAGAGCCUGCCAAGGCUGCCUCGGACCUGACUGCCUGGUUCAGCCUCUUUGCUGACCUCGACCCCUUAUCCAACCCUGAUGCUAUUGGGAAGACUGAUAAAGAACACGAAUUGCUCAAUGCAUGAGUCUGCAACCUUCAACAGGGAGCCCUCGGGCCACUCCGCGGCACCUCAUCCAGGGCUUACAGAAGUCUAAUGUGCUCAGUAUGCUGUUUUAAUAUUUACACGCCAUUUUAAUAAAACGAGAGGGUCAAGGCCCUGUUUCUAUCGCUAUA